CUAAUAUAACCUGAGUAGUAAUCAAGUGCAAGUUCUGUUCAUCUGGAUCCACUGGUAAAAAUGGAGAAUGAUGUGUGCUAUUCUACACUGAAGUUCAGUACAUCUUGCCCUGUAGUACCUAAAGAUGCAGGAGUGUCUGAAAAUGUGGUGUACUCAGAAAUCAAGUUGACAAGAGAGACAACAAAAAGCAAUCCUGCAAUGGCUGAGGAAGUGCGUUCACACAGAUGUACAUCAUACAGACAGGCCACGACUGCUCUGGGGUUAUUGAGUGUUCUUUUAUUAGCAGGUUUAACCGCUAUGUGUGUCCUAAACAUCAAAGAAGUUUCAAAAUACACCUCCCUUUUGACUCUUUACACCAAUGAGAGCAUGGCACACAGGAUAUUGCUCUCUGAAAAAGCAGUCCUUGAGACAGAGAAAGGGGAAUUGCUUGUUCAGAGAGAUCAGUUUAAAAACUCACUGCAGCAGCUCAUCACUGGAUCAUUUCCAGUUGGAAAAUAUUGUACAUUAACAAAUGAAGUCUGGGGAAGAACCACAUAUGGCUGGAAAAGCUCAGAAGUUUACUGUAGUGCCUGUAUGAAGUACUGGUAUCAGAAUGGUUCCAGCUGUUACUUGUUCAAAACUCAAUCACGGCUGUCCUGGAGAAAGAGCCAAGAGUAUUGUUCGGAAAUGGGAGGAUAUCUAGUGGUCAUAGACUCUCAAGAGGAACAGGAAUAUAUUAGCCAACAUAUAAAUUAUCAUUAUGACACCUACCAUUGGUACUGGAUUGGACUCGCAAAAAAGAACAACACGUGGAUCUGGAGCACUGGUGCUAAAGUCCAGGGCAAUGGUUCCUGGACCAAGCCACCUGGAAAUUCACAAGCUGGUUGUGUAUUAUCAAAUCCUAAUAAGGAUAAUCUGAACAACUGGGAGGUGAACGAUUGUUCCAUGCUCAAUAGGUAUAUCUGUGAGAUGAAAGCGAUGGUAUGGCCGAGUCAGAUGUAGACCAUGACACAACUCCAGUAUUUUAUUUUAUUUUUAUAUCUGCUGAAUCUGUAGUGUGUGAGAAGAAUUUAAAAUGUCUUCACUCAUGUACAAUUCAAAUGCUGCUGUUAAACUCUGUUAGUAAAUUAAUGAAUACAUCUCUUUAGUGGCGCAGCAGGAAAGUGGUCACCCAGUCAUCAGGAGUGUGAGUUUCAAUCAUAUGCCACCUUAUAAUAAUAAUAUCUGUCUCCAGAGGUGGGAAGUAACAAAUACUUCGUUAGUGUACUUAAGUAGAUUUUUCUGGUAUCAGUACUUUACUCUA